UGCUGUUUCCUUUUCCAGUUGUAAAGGGGUCAGGAGCCAGGCAAGGAGAGCCUGAACAAGAGGAGCAUUUUCCUGGGCUCUUCCAGCUGUUCUGUUCAAUCCCGCCGUCGGUUCUGAGCAGGGAAGAGAGACUGUCAACACAAAUAAGGCAUUUUCAAAGGCGUAAAUUAUGAGUUACCAAAACAAUACGACAUCUCAACCACAUGGAGACAUUGAGAGCCCCACAGCUGGAGCAGAUGUGGCUGUUAUUGGAGGUGUGAUUGCUGCAGUGGUGUUUGUCCUCAUUUGCCUGCUGGUGGUGAUGGUCCGGUAUAUGUACAGACAUAAGGGCACUUACCACACCAAUGAGGCAAAAGGAACUGAGUUUGCUGAAAGUGCAGAUGCUGCUUUGAAAAAUGACCCUGCUCUCCAGGAAGCAGUGGAUGAGAGCAAAAAGGAAUAUUUCAUCUGAGAGGCAAGGAUUUCUAUGGAGCCUUCCCCAAGGGAAUCAAUCAGAAAUGCUACAUCAACAGAAGUGCUGAGAGAUGGAUACUAUGAAGAUACAGGCAAGCAUCCUAACUGAAAAGUAUCUCUCUACCUUUUUUGUCGCUGCGUUGUUUCGUUUCCUCUGCGGGUGAAGAACUAAAUGCCAGAUACUUGCCUGUUGAUUUUAUUAGCAACACAGCUGGUCACAGUUGAAAUCAAUAUCAGAUAAGAAGAAACAAAAUCUCAGUAUGAGUGAUACACCAAAAGCAGAUAAAGAUAGCAAAUGUCAAGCCUUGACAUUUGGUGAAAGUAGCAGAUGCCAAUGGAAAACAGCCUCUUAGAGUUAAUGAUGCAUCUUACACCAACAUGAUACAGAACUACCUGAAAGUGAAUUUCAGAUGGUCACAGAACAAACAUUAAACUAGAUAAAGCUGAAGCAGCUGGAACAAAAAUAUCUAUGUAGCCCAGAUAUCUCUUCUCUCCUUUAAAUGUGCAAUUUUAUCAGCAGAGAGAAGUUUCAUUUAUUUGUUUGGGGAUUUAGAUUGGGUUUUUAAAAAAAAAAAAACUAAAAAUCAAAGACACUUCAAACAAAAAAGACUGUUGGAAAAUAUGAAAGUAUAAGAAUGAAGGAUCAAUUCCUAACUUUCUCUGCAUGGCAGCUUGAGAACUGCAAAAUGUGGGAAUUUAUGCUGUAGUAUAUAAUAGUCAAUAGACUCAACAAUAUGUUUCAAUUAGUUGGUAGGUUCUCUGUGCGCAUACAUAAAUAGAUAUUAAAAGGUAAAGCAUCUUGGUUUGAACAGGCCUUCAAAAACAAUGGAGCUCAGAUAGAUUUUUUUGAUGUAAGACAUUUUUGUUUGAGAAUUUAUUUAUUUACUUUGCCUUGGAAAAUUCUCUUGAACACUUACCAGCAGGAUUUUGGAUUUUUGCGGGGAGAGGAAUUCAGUUCUGGUGCAGGCACAGAUAAAUCUUUUACAAAUGCAACUGUAAGACUGCCACUAUAAAGAAGCUUGUUCAUCUGAAUCCCACUGGCUUGUAUUGAUGUCUCCCUGUUUGGCCUCUAUAUAUCCUUUGCACUAUGCUAGAUAAGAGAACUACACUGACCAUGGAUGUUUUAUUAUAAAUAAAUGAUCUUAUUCCUC